GUUUUUGAAAUAAUGAAAAUGUGCUCGAACGUUGUUUUGUCUAGUUAUAUUAAUUUUAUCUUUAUGUUUAUAAUUGUGUGACAUUGUGUUGAUGUAGUGUUUAGAAUGAAAACGUGCAAUGUAACUUUUAUUCGUAUUUCUGAGGUAAGUAGUUUUUGAUCCUUUUUGAACUUUGUCUUCUUUCGUCGUCAUACAAGUAUUUCUUAUAAUCAUCAGUUUUCACAACCAUGUGACUUUAUACAGUUUCUUCUUGGGGAGUGUCCUAAGUUAGUUUCUAUUACAUAUUCGACAAUGGAAGAUCGUUGUUCUUCAUCGGCAUCCACCAUUAUUUUUACAAAAGAAGAAGACGGAACUAUUUCUACUACUACUCCAGGUGGCUCUUCUUCAUUGAAUAAUGCAGCAUCGGAGUCUUCUUGUGAACUAAACAAUUUUCUGCACAAAAUAAAUGCUAUUUCGAUUUCUCUAAUGCACCAUUUGCAAAUUGUGGAGAACAUUGAGGAAAUUGGGCUUGUGGAUGUGAAGCGCAAAAGAGGUCGUCCAAGUAAGGCUUCUCGAUUCCGGUUACAAAAUUUAAAAAUGAUUCGACAAUCACAAUUAGAUCAAGCAAAAAGCGAAGGCAAGGAGGAAGCCUUUGAAUUGAACCGGAUUAUUACCAACUUUAUGUGGAAUUUUCCUGACGUUGUAGAUUCCUUAACUUCAACUUCUAAUACAACAGGGGAAGAAUUUUCACGUUGUAAAUUCUGCAUCUGUGGUCGAAUUUAUCCUCCAACAUACUUGUAUGGGAGUUGCUUUUGCGGCGAGCUGUUGGCGGAUCGUUCGGAAGAAGAUUAAUUGGUUUC